GCCACCCCAUCGUGGUGCAGCAGGGCAGGACCCACUCCCCGGACUGCCACUGCCCAGGGCAGCGCCUGCCCACAUGGCCCAGAGCGUGGUCUACGCUGACCUGAAGUUUGCCACGGCCCCUCCACAGUCUGCCGCCGCCUGCCCCGCAGACCCCGAUGAGGACGACAGCCCCUACGAGAACCUGCCGCUGGGGCCAGUGCCUGCAGAGCCCAGCCCAGGGCGCUGGCCCCGGCGUUGGCGUGUCCCCGUGGGGCUGCUGACAGCCAGCCUGCUGCUGCUGCUGGUGGUCGCUGUGGCCCUGGGGGCUUGCUACUGGCAGGUCACCCGCAGCCUGCGGGACGCCUCCCAGGAGCAUGCGGCCGAGCAGGGCCGCCUCUCGCAGGAGGUGAGCGCGCGGGAGCAGAGCCUGGAGCAGAUGCGCCUGGAGCUGGCGUGGGCCAGAGCGGAGCUGCAGCGAGCGUGGCAGGAGGGCAACAGCAGCCGCCUGGAGCUGGGGAGCCUGGAUGCCGAGCUAAGGCGCGUCACGGAUGUCCUGGGGAAGACAGAGAAGGAGAUGCAGGAGGUGCAGGGGAAGCUCAACAGCAGCGAGAGCACUGUGAGCAGCCUGCGCGCCUGCGUGAAUACAGAUUGCUGCCCCUUGGGCUGGGUGCUCUACAGGGGCAAGUGCCUCUUCAUCUCGGUGGAGAAGAAGAGCUGGUACGAGAGCCGUGAUGACUGCCGAAGCAAAUCUGCUCAGCUGCUGGUCCAAGGCAACUGGCCGUCAUGGACCGUGCCGUAUUUUGUGCAGGGGUAUCGUGCCUCAUACUGGGUUGGAGGGACAUCUCAAAGUCAUAAUGAUAAAUCUGAUGGGCGGUUCAACAACUGGUCUAAAGAUUUCACCUACGGCUGUGCAAAAACAGCCUAUGGGACUGUAAGCAUCACCUACUGCUCACAGUCUUUUCCAUGGAUCUGUGAGAAGCCCCCAGAUCUGAGCAGCCUAUCCAAGACCUCCUUUCCUCUCCCAGCCAACAGUGAAAUGUGAGACCCCUUUUCCAUCACAGGACUGAGGAACAGGAGCUGGGGGUGCACAACAAAGACACCCUUUCCCUCCUGCACAGCCACAUCCAUGUGCAAUGUUUCCGCAAAUGCAUCACAAAGCUCUGGGGAUAGAGGUUGGGAAAGAUGCUGUCUAAGUUUUAAAACAUGACUUACAGAAAAGA